AUGUCUGAACAGUUAACUAACGUUAAAUCCGUAUUUCGUAAACGAUUUGCUAAUCUGUCAUCAGCAAUUUCAAAUCGUUUAUGGCUGAAUGCGGAUACAAAUUAUAAAUGUGAUGUACUGCUAACAUUUCCAGAGCUUAUUGAUGAUCGUGUGAUCGUUUGGUUUCUUGAAAAAUUUAUCCAACUUCAACCAGAUAUUCGUGUUUCGAUUAAACAUCAUUUUACGACUGGCGUUUAUGGGUUUUAUUUAACUUUUACUUAUGAACGAGUUUUGAAGGGCGCCGAAGCUCUUCAAUUAGAAAAGCCGAUAAAACAAGAAUUUGGUGGAGGUUAUCAAAGAUUCUUGUUUCAUGAAUUAGAUAUUUACGAAGGUGUCGAAGAUGAAGAUAAAUUUUUUAGUACGCAAGAGCGUCAAUCAAUUGUUUUUCAUCUUCUUUAUUCAAUAAGAAUACUUGAGAAUGAAACUUUAAAUGGAAUUAAAUUUAAAAUCGAUCAAUCAUUAAUUCAACGUGGUUUAGAAAAGAAAUUAAUUAGCCAAGUGAUUCCUUUGCAUAAUAAGGAACAAUUAAAUCACCUAAGAGAAACAUGGGUAUGGCUAAAGAAUAUUUUUAAAGCACAACCCAUAGAGGAUAUUCGACAAUAUUUUGGAGUUAAAAUUGCUCUUUAUUUUUGCUGGUUGAGUUUCUAUACCCAAGCACUCUGUCUUCCUGCUCUCUAUGGAACUUAUAUUUGGUAUUAUAGUGGGCAAAGUCAGGAACUUGAUGAUAAACUAUUUGUCAUCAAUUCUCUGUUAAAUAUAAUAUGGGCAACGGGAUUUCUUAUUUUUUGGCGACGAAGACAAGCUGAGUUAGCCUAUAAAUGGAAUACAUUGGAUAUGGAACAAUUAGAAGAUACACGAGCAACAUACAAAGGUCAACUGCGUCGAUCGCCUGUGACAAAUAAAUAUGCACCUUAUUAUCCAGCAUGGAAACGUUUAUUGUUUCGUCUAUUGGUCACAAUGCCCAUGCUUAUAUUUAAUCUUGUAUUGGUUUCAUUUUGUAUUCUGAUUAUUUUUCGUUUCCAAGCUUGGAUUGAUCGACAAUUGAAACUUGGUCAUUUACCAUCGUUAAUGUCAUUGACACAAUUAUUACCGAAGAUCUUACUCGCACUAGUAACAACCGUAUUUGAUGAUGUUUAUAAACGUGUGUGUCGUUGGUUAACUGAUAAAGAAAACUAUCGAGAACAACGAACACAUGAUAACCAAAUGAUUGCAAAAAUGUUUGCUUGUGCAUGUGUCAAUUCGUAUUUGAGCGUGUUCUAUAUUGCGUUUUUCACGCAUACACAUAUUCGAUUAUCAGACCAAUUAAUUACAAUUUUUGUUAUCAAACAAUUUUGGGAUCAUGUAAAGGAAGCAAUUAUUCCGUAUAUUGUUUCAAAUACUCGUCUAUCUAUGUUGAUUCAAUUGAGUAAGAAAGAACACGAUCGAUAUGCUGAACGAAAAGAUUUAAAUCAAGAACUUAAACGUAUUCUUGAUCAAUGGAAUAAUUCGAAACAAAUAAAAACUACUGAUGAAACUUCCGUUGACUGUUCGUUCUCGUCGCGUGAUUCCAUACCGAGUUUUGAAACAUUAUCAUUGUCACAAGCAGAAAUCGAAUGUUUACAACCGAAAUGGCCAGAUUUAUAUGAAGAUUAUUUAGAAUUAGUGAUUCAAUUUGGUUAUAUUAUAUUUUUAUCAGCAUUAUUUCCACUGGCGGCGUUCUUUUCUCUACUAAAUAAUAUAUUAGAAAUUCGUGCGGAUGCAUUUAAGCUAUGUAUGAUUUGUCAACGGCCUUUUUCGCAACGAGUUAAAGAUAUUGGCCAUUGGCAAAAAAUUAUGGAAUACAUGGUCAUUGCAGCGAUUGUUGUCAAUUGCAUUUUUUGUUCAAUACGUGGAGUUUUUAGAAGAAUGUUACCUGAUCUUCCAUUUGCUGCGGAAAUAUUUUUACUUGUUUGUAUUGAACAUAUUCUGAUAAUAGUUUGUAAAAUAAUACGAUCAAGUAUUGAAAAUGUUCCAUAUUGGGUUCGAGUUGAAAAGGCUAAAAUGGAAUAUCGGCGACGUGAAGCGCUUACAAAACUUGAGUGUAAUGCUUUACAUCUAAAAGAAAGUCAAGCUCAAGAAAAUACGACAUGA